CGGUAAUGCCCUGAACAAAGAUGGCGGCCGCUGUGGCGAAGUUGUAGAAGCAAAAGCGGCCUUUUAAGGGUUGUUGGGAAGCGCGUGCGCCUUUUCCAACCAGGAGUGGUAACGGAGGGAGAGAGUGAAACUCCGCGUUGAGGAAUGGCUAGCUCUGAUGAAGAACAGACAGAUGAAAGACAACACUUCUCAGAAAAAGAAAUAAGUGCUCCUCUUCCAGGAAUGUAUUUACCUUUACUCCCAUGGUGUUUUCGCCAUACCACAACUAGGUGCUGGAAGCCCACAGAAUUUCAGAAGGUGAAAGAAGAAUGUUUAAACUGUAUACAGGAUGCUCUCUUGAGGUCUCAGUGGCAGAGGGCUGCAGAACUGAUGAUAAGCUAUCUAGAGAUGUUGGAGAAUACCACACUGAGAAAACAGGUUGCAGCUCAUGAGGAGAUCUGGAGAAUAGGAACUGAGAUUUUGCAGCAGCAUCCACGCAGCAAUAUAGAUGAGACUAACCACUUUGCUGAUCGGAUGAAAAAUUCAAGGAUAAAAAGGUAUUUAAAGGUUUCUUUAGAGCAUGCCUUCCACCUGCUGUGCAGUGGAUUUCUGGAGGAGGCCUAUCAGCAUCUGGUCCAGGCAGAAAGCUGGCGCUACGGAGAACAAACAGUUGAUUUUGAACAUGAACUGAAACUCAUUCAAGGCUAUAGGGGGCUGUUGGACUAUUAUAAGUGGCUCAAAAAGAAGACUGACCUGCUGGAGCUUGAUGAAGGCAGCUAUGCAGAGUCUUCUGUUCAGGAAGAAAUGAAGCGUUUGUACCGGCAGGCUACAGGCAGCCUCAAGGAGAUAAUUAAAUUCCCUGGAGUUUGGGAUCCUUUUGUGAUGUGUUAUGUGGAUAUGCUGGAACACUAUGAGAAGUAUGAAGAAGCAAGAGAAGUUCUAAGUGAAUAUGCAUAUAAUUCCAAAUUUCCAGCCAAUCCUAAUGCUCAUGUCUUCUUCUAUCAGUUCCUAAAGAGAAGGCGUGAAUCAAGAAAAACGCAGAUUUCUGCACUCCAGGUCUUGCAUGAGCUUGUUCCUUCUCAUGAACUGAUGUUGGAAUUUUACAUCAUGCUUAAAAAGUCAAAAAAAAAGAAAAACCACAAACUACGGCUGCAAGUCAUUUUUGCAGCCUUGGACUUCCCUGACUGGAAGGAAAACACAAAAGCUUGGAGCUGUUUGGCAAAGCAGAUUGUAGAAAUACUGCAGAACUCUGGUAAGCAACUUGACUGGCUCAAGAAGGAGUGGGAUGCCCGAAAGGACUGGUGGCCAGCCUUCCAUUUCAGCGUUUAUUUGGCAAAAAGAAACUGGCAGGAAAGUGAAAAACUUGUUUGUGAAAAAUUACUUGUGGCUGGAAUACUGCUGGGAAAAGAUUGCAAAUACUUUAAAUAUAUCACAAAAGAGCACUAUAAAGCCAAGAAGAAAAAGUUCAAAGCGCUGAAAAUGUUUGUAAAAGAACACAGCUGGGUCGCUCUGAGGUUGUCUGCUUGAUAUUUGACUACUUCAGAGGCCAAACGUUGUCUUUUAAAGAAAACUGUACAAGAUUAUUUUUCCAGUUUGUAUAAAUUUCAGUUUGUGUACAGAUCUCCCCUGCAAAUAAUUACUUCAAUGCAGAAACCUUGUACAUGAAUGGCAACUUUUUUGUUUGUUACGGAAUUCCUGUUUGAUAAUAAAUCUGUUUGAAGGAA